AUGAUCUUCCGCUCCCGCCUCCCCACGUUACCCAUUCCGGACGACGCUUCCAUCUGGAAAGUGGUCGAGGAUCAUGCACGCACCAUCGGGAACAAGAAGGCCUUCAUCUGCGGCAUCACAGAGAGGUCCCUCACCUUCGCAGAGCUACUCGAACAGGCGAAAAAAGUCUGCGCAGGACUCGCGGCCAAUGGCCUCAAGAAGGGCGACAUCGUGAUCCUGCACUCUUUCAACUGCCUCGAGUACGUCGUUGUAUUCCUAGCGCUCAACCGCCUCGGGGCCAUCAUAUCCCCGUCCUCGCCACUUUUCAAUGGCAAGGAACUGGCUGACCAGAUCGAGAUUGCUGAAGCUGCUGCAGUCAUUUCGCACAAGAAAUUCGCCAAAGUGGCAGUAGAAGCCGCUGGACUACGACUAUUCGCGUCCUCGGUGUCAACCAGCCCCAUGAUCUUCCGCUCCCGCCUCCCCACGUUACCCAUUCCGGACGACGCUUCCAUCUGGAAAGUGGUCGAGGAUCAUGCACGCACCAUCGGGAACAAGAAGGCCUUCAUCUGCGGCAUCACAGAGAGGUCCCUCACCUUCGCAGAGCUACUCGAACAGGCGAAAAAAGUCUGCGCAGGACUCGCGGCCAAUGGCCUCAAGAAGGGCGACAUCGUGAUCCUGCACUCUUUCAACUGCCUCGAGUACGUCGUUGUAUUCCUAGCGCUCAACCGCCUCGGGGCCAUCAUAUCCCCGUCCUCGCCACUUUUCAAUGGCAAGGAACUGGCUGACCAGAUCGAGAUUGCUGAAGCUGCUGCAGUCAUUUCGCACAAGAAAUUCGCCAAAGUGGCAGUAGAAGCCGCUGGACUACGACGUCUGCCACUCUCGCGAGUGUAUACACUCGGUCAAGCUGAGGGUCCUUCGGGUCUUAAAACCAUUGAAGGCCUUAUCGCACAGAACCUGCCGUUCCCGAAUAUCCCUCCAAUUGAUACGAACCAGGUAGUGACACUACCGUUCUCUAGCGGCACUACUGGUCGUCCUAAGGGCGUGGAGUUAACGGCACGUGCAAUGUAUGCGUGUGGACUCCUACCGGCGUACCGUGAAGCUGAUCUCGAGUACGUGUUGGGUAUGUUGCCGUUCUUCCACAUCAUGGCUACAAUGAUCUUCCAUGUAACCCUCUACAAAGGUGUAACCAUGGUAGUGUUACCCGGGUUCGACCCUGAAACUUUCCUGCGCACUGUGGCGAAGUACAAGAUGACCAAGUUGAACCUCGCCCCGCCCCUUGUCACGUUCUUGGCUAAACACCCGAUCGUAGACAAGUACGACCUCUCUCAUGUGACUCAUGUGAACUCAGGGGGAGCACCUUUGGGUAAGGAGGUGGAGCACGCAGUCAUGCAGCGAUUGGGCAUCCGAGUGCUGCAAGGUUACGGUAUGACGGAGUUUGCUGGUUGUGCUACCAGCUCGUACCCGACAACGUACCGUGAUGGUGCGUCCGGUACGCUGCAUCCGAACACGGAGUUGAAGGUGAAGGACCUUGAGACGGAUGAGGAUCUGGGCGUGAAUCAGACUGGAGAGCUGCUGUUCCGUACCCCCGCACUGAUGAAGGGGUACUACAAGAACCCUGAGGCAAAUCGGGAAGCUAAACUGUUGUUAGCUUCUUGGAUUCACUUUUCAAUUCGCCAUUUUCGAGCCAACCCUUUCUCGUCACGACUAGUGAAUUCGUCUUCGAUGUCUAUCAUCUUCAAGUCGCCGCACUCCGACGUCUCGAUCCCAGACGACGCAGCAAUCUGGAACAAGUUGGAACAACAUGCGCAUGAGAAUGGGGACAAACCUGCACUUGUCUGUGGGAUGUCCGAGAGAACGCUGUCGUUCGCAGAGGUUUUCAACUUGGCUCAACGCAUUUGCGCUGGGCUCUACGCGAACGGCAUCAAGAAAGGAGACAUCGUAAUCUUGCACUCGUUCAAUUGCCUGGAGUACCCUAUCGUGUUCUUGGCGUUGAACCGUUUGGGUGCAAUUUGUUCCCCGUCGUCGCCACAUUUUAACAGCGACGAACUCGGGGACCAAAUGCGCGCUUCAAAGGCAUCCGCAGUGAUCUCGCACGUGGCAUUCGCUGAGAUGGCUACUCAGGCUGCAGGACGUGUUGGCAUCCCACUCAAUCGGAUGUUCACACUUGGACACGCCAAAGGGGCCCUUGGAUUGCAAACCAUCGAAGCUCUGAUUGAGCUGAACCUGCCAUUCCCGAGUCUCCCACGUAUCAACCCUGACGACGUCGUGUUGCUACCAUUUUCAAGCGGCACUACUGGUCGUCCUAAGGGCGUGGAGCUCACAGCUCGAUCCAUGUACGCUUGCGGUGCUCGUGUGUCUGCUCUUGAUGUCGAUGCAGACUACAUCCUCGCCGUACUGCCAUUUUAUCACAUCGCAGCGACCAUGAUCUUCCACGUGACGAUCUUCAAACGGAUCGCCAUGAUCGUGUUGCCUCGAUUCGAGCCUGGGAGCUUCCUACGAGUCAUCGAGAACUUCAAACUUGAUACAGUCUACGUCGUCCCACCGAUCGUCCAGUUCUUGGCGAAACAUCCUCUUGUAGACAAAUACGACCUAUCCUCGUUGAACCGACUGGCCUCUGGAGCUGCAUCUUUAGGCGGCGAACUCUUUGAUGCCAUUCAGAACCGUCUUGGACUCCCAGUUCUUCAAAGCUACGGCAUGACGGAACUUGCUGGUUCUGCUACUCACACCUCCCGAACGGAAUAUCGUAAAGGCUCAGCUGGAAAACUACUCCCCAACACGGAACUUCGAGUGCGAUGUAUUGAAACAGGAGUCGACUUACCUGUAAAUCAACGUGGAGAGCUGUUGAUCCGGUCGCCAGGAGCGAUGAAAGCCUACUUUAACAACCCAGAAGCUACUCGUGAAGCUUUCACGGACGAUGGCUUCAUUUGCACCGGUGAUGUAGGCUACAUCGAUGAGGAUGACUACAUCUUCAUUGUCGAUCGACUCAAGGAGCUUAUCAAGUAUAAGGGCCACCAGGUUGCACCUGCUGAGAUCGAGGACGUAGUGAACUCGCACCCUCAAGUCGCUGACUCGUGCUGCGUGCGGGGACUUGACUUGGAGACGGGUGGUGAGAUCCCUAAAGUCUUUGUGGUGCGUAAGUUCAGCGGAGAUGAACCGCUCACGUCCAACGCGUUGAUGGAAUAUGUAGCGUCCAAAGUGGCGAGCUUCAAGCGGGUGCGCGAAGUGGAGUUCAUCGACGUCAUUCCGAAGAGUCUGUCGGGCAAGAUUCUACGACGCAAACUGCAGCUCGAACAGGAUAAAAAGGUAGCGGCGGCGAGAUCAAUUAAGAGCCGUCUAUGACAGGAGAGGUUGAGCCUAAUGUAGUUGACCAUGUAGUACAUUUUAACGCCAUGACGAAUGAAUUGUUCCGCUUUCACGUUA